UUCGUACCAUCAUUUUCGUAUUUUUUACCUACCGUGUCAGCGCUGGCCUCAACCCAAGCGACUUACCAGCACUCAUAUGUAGUAUGUAGGUGAAUCAAGCAAGACAGACAACAGUUCUUUAUAUAACAACUGUAGAUAACCAGUUUGUGUCAAGUUUGUGUUUAUUUCCUUUAGCAGUAAAGAAAUUGCACAAGAUUUUUUAAGUUCGGCGUAGGUACCGAGACGUAGGUCGUUGGGACUUUGUUUAUAUUGUAAACAAAAACAUUUGUGUUAGUUUUCCUUUCAAAUAGUUCGGUUAUUCUUCGUCGUUAUCGACGAACACGUGGUUUUGUGUUCUAAAACAAUAUUAAAUGUGACAGUUGUGUUUUCACACUAUUUGUGGCGCGUUCUAGAUUGGUACAAACUACAAAGUGUUCGCCGGCUCUUUGUCGUGAUUAAAGUGGGAAAUCUACGAAAUUGUGAUAACUUAUUAUUAUAAGGUUAUGAAUGUAUCGGUGAAUACAUUGAAUGGGACUUCCGGCAAUCAAUUAUAAUAUUAUAUCGAUCAAACUUUUAGCCAACGAUAACGACAAGUAAUAAACAUAAGAACUUCAAAUUAAAGGGAGCGAUACAUCGAAAAGACGACGAAAAAUCAGUUGCCACGAUGAAAUACAAUGUCAUAGUUUGUGUAGGAGUUAGUUUAUUAGGACUAUUUGUAUGUUCAACUGCAAUUGAAGGUGAACUUAACGAACAUUGUACCUUAGGGAGCGACUGUAGACAUUUUGCCUAUUGGUGUAGUAGAAACAGAACUUGUCAAUGCUUGCCAAACUAUAAACCAAACAAAUAUUGGGACAAAUGUGUUGGUAUCGUUGGCGAGAAAUGUAAAUAUGACGAACAUUGUAUAGAAGGCGGAUUUUGUAAACAACAAAAACAAUGCGAGUGCAAAGAACCUCUAGUUGCAAGCGAAGACAAAACCGAGUGUUCACUUCCCGUUGUUUCAGAUUCUACAAGGAUAUCAGCCACCAAAUAUGCCAUUUUACCCGUUUUAGUAUUACUCUACUUAAAGUUAUAUCUGUGGAUAGGCUAAAGAAAUAGUUGAUGUUGACCAAAGAUGUUCAUAUAUCUCAAUUUAUACCACCUCCCAUGAAGAUGUAAAACAACUUCAGGAUAUUUUAAAAUUUUUGGUAUUUUUUUGUUUAUAAGGUUAUUUAUGUAAUGUAAAUAGAUACUUAAAAUGUACUUAAAGACAAAACGUAAUUAGGUGUAGAAAUAUUAUCGUCAUUCAUCGUAAGAUUAAAAUUCUUAAGAAAUAUUAUGCCACCAAUGGUUCACGUUCAAAUUACACAAUUUUCUAUUUACAUUUUCUAUUUGUUGGAAUCAGCAUGUAUAAAAGAAAUUAAUAGAAGCAAUUUCUCUUGUCAGCAAAUUAAAAUAGUGUGUAAUUGUUAUCCAUGUUUACCAAAAAGUAUUUUUAACUUUUUUUGUCCUCUUGCAACAAAUUUGUAGGUACCUAUGGUGCUUCUCAGAGGCUUUUUUCAGUGCGACACAAGUGACAGAAAAAAAGAUACGUCCGUGAUACAUACACAUUUACUCCAGUUGUUGAUAGGUGGCGCUAUAAUCGGAAAAGAAAUUUACGUAUUUACCCAUUAUUUACCUAUUACAUACGUAUACCAUUGUUUAAAAAAAGGUUAUUAGUCCAGAGAUAUAAGAUUUUUCUCGUGACACAUCCCCCUCCAGGCCGAAACCAAAUUUUUUAAGUAGUAUGGUCAUCUAUAUUAAUAACCUUUAGGUUUCCUGCAGCCGAUUUUGAUGAUAUACAUAGUUAUAAACUAAUGAAGAUCAAAAAACGGUUAAUUUUCGCUUUUUUCGUAUAUAACCAAAAAGUUAAGCAUUCUAAACAAAUUUGCGAGUAAGAAACUCAUAAAUAGUCUAAAAAAAUGAAUAUUGCGUUCGCUGAAUAUGUCUAUCCUUAUUGGUUGCUUAGAAAAUUGCAAAAUAAAUCAUAAAUUUUGAGUUUUUAUAAAUAUUCAUAACUUAUGUAAAAAUUAACUUAUAACCUUAUUACACGAAUUGCUGAGACUUCUGGUGCUUAAAUUAUAUUUUAAAUUUCAAAGCAAUUGGUGAAAUAGUUUAAAAGUUAUUUAAUUUGUUUAUCCCAAAUUAAUUUUUUUUGCAACACUAUAAGUCAGAAAAUUAUGAGGUUACAGUAAGACUUCUGACAGUUUAUGGAAGAACAUUUAUACUAUUGACUUAAUUAAAAAAAAAUGACAGAAAGUAAUUUUAAAUAGUGUAAAAUUAUUUUGCAAAAACACGUCAAUUUUUUGCUUACUUAUAAACAAUUAGAAUAACUUCUUAACCGUUACCCGUAGAAAAAUUAUUUUUUUAUAUUUAGAAAGACUGAAUUUUUAUACACAUUUAGAAAGAAAAACAAUUGUCCUAGGGCAAUUAGGGGCGAAGUUAGCCCCACCCUCCCAUUUUUUAAUUCACAUGUUUUUGCAAAAUAAUUUUGCAGUAUUUAGAAUUAUUUUGUCAUUGUUUUUUAAUUAAAUUAAUAGUAUAAAUCUUCUUCUUUCAUAAACUAUCCAAGAUAUUAGUGUAACUUCAUCAUUUUCUGACUUAUAGCGUUGCAAAAAAAAUUAAUUUGGUAUAAAUAAAUUAAAUAUCUUUUAAACUAAUUGACCAAUUACUUUGAAAUUUAGUGUAUGAUUUAAGCACCAGAAGUCUCAGCAAUCCGUAUAAUCAGAAUGUUCUAAGUUAAUUUUUACAUAAGUUAUGAAUAUUUAUAAAAACUCACAACUUAUGAUUUAUUUUGCAAUUUUCUAAGCAACCAGUAAAGAUAGAUGUAUUCAGCGAACGCCAUAUUGAAGUUUUUUAUACGAUUUAUGAGUUUCUUGCUCUCAAAUUUGUUUAAAAUCCUUGACUUUUUGGUUAUAGACGAAAAAAGCAAAAAUUUACCGUUUUUUGAUCUUCAUUUAUUUAUUACUAUGUAUAUCAUCAAAAUCGGCUGCAGGAAAUACAUAGGUUAUUAAUAUAGAUGUCCAUACUACUCAAAAAAUUUGGUUUCGGUCUGGAGGGGGUUGUGUCACCAACAGGAUAUUUUUUUUCCUUAUUUCUCUGAACUAUAUACAUUGUUUAAAAAAGGUCUAGUUAUACAAUGCAUAUUAUACGACUAUAAUUUAAAGUUCUUCUCAGUCUUUCAGUGUGUCAUUAAUGACGUAAGAUGUGAUUUUAAGAAUGUAAAGAAUUAUAGCAUGACAUUUUAGUUAAAUCUGACAGUUGUCAGAAUCUUAAUCGUAAUUUGGUAUAAAAACAAAUAAAUUGUGUUUAUUUCAUUUAUAAAAAGAUGUGUUCUUUGAUUUGUAUAGUCUUAUAAAUUAUACAGAGUAUGGUCGUAUAGAUAAUACAUAAAUCAUUUUUUUGUUCCAUUAUAGCGCCAUCUAUCAACAACUAGAAUAAAUGUUACAGGGUGUUUCAUUGGGAAACGGAAAUACUUUAAUGGUGAAUAGAGGUCACCGAGCCGGUUCUAGAUAUACUACAUUUUUUGCCCUACCGACUUUUAGAACCGAGUUACAGGGUGUUUUAUCGAUUUUGCCCAUUUCUUUCCUAAGCCAUAACUUUAGGACCACCCUGUAUAUUUUUUUGAUAUUUGGUACACAUAUGUCUCAUUCAAAACCCAAAUGACCGACAUACUAACCAUAAGAAAAUCCAGGUCCGGAUUAACAAAAAAUUAUAAAGUAAUUGUGACCUUAAAACAACACCCUGUAUAUUCAAAUUUUGAAAAUAUGUUUGCAUAUUUGAAAAGAGCACAAAAAAGUAAGUUUAAUGGUUCGCUUCAAUUUUUCGGCUAGACAAUUUUCUGACUUUAAUUUUGAAAUUAUAUUGAAUAUUUUAAAAACUCUCAUUAAAAAGCAGAUAUUAUUAACUUUUAGUUCUAAAUUAUUAAAUUUAAUUAAUAAAGACUAAUUUUAAAAAUAUUCAAUACUUAUUUACCACAUUGGAACGACCCAAUUACUAACGACAAGAAAAAUCCAGGUCGGAUUAACAAAAAAAUACAAAGUAAUUGUGACCUUGAAACAACACCCUGUAUAUUGAAAUUUUGAAAAUUUGUUUGCGUAUUUUAAAAGAGCAUAAGAAACUGCGUUAAAAGGUGCAUGUCAAAUUUUUGCGCAGAUAAUUUAAUUACGGCAAUUUUGCAAUCAUUGAUUAAUUCUUUCAAGGUCACAAGAAGCUGCCAGAAAAAUGAAGAACAAUCCCAAUGUAAUUAGAAAAUCGUUUCGAAGUCUUUUAAAACGAGCACGGAAAUGCAUCGAACAAAAUGGCGGACAUUUUGAGCAACUGUUAUAGUUCAAAUAUUUUUAAUUUAUGUUAAAUUGUUGAAUUGUUUAAACGAAUUUUUUUUUAUUAAAUAUAGCUCUUUUUUUAAUUCUUUACUCAAUCAUUAAAAUAUCCCAAUUCUUGCAAUUCUAAUUUUUAAUGAUGUGCAUACAGCUACAAAUCCAGAGAAUCCAUGAAGCCAGCGUAGUAAAUAAGUAUUAAGUAUUUUUAAAAUAAGUAUUGAUUCAUUAACUUCAAAUUAUUAAAAGUUAAUAAUACAUACCUGGUUUUUAAUCUCAGAGUUCUUUAAAAUUUCAAUACACUUUCAAAAUUGAUGUAAUUAAAUCAACGACGAAAAAAUUAAAAUGAACCUUUAAUCACAGUCUUUUAUGCUCUUUUAAAAUGCGCUGACAAAUUUUCAAAAUUUCAAUAUACAGGGUGUUGGUUCAAGGUCACAAUUACUUUAUAUUUUCUUGUUAAUACGGACCUGGAUUUUUCUUGUCAUUAGUAAUUGGGUCGUUCCAAUGAGGUAAAUAAUUAUUGAUUAUUUUUAAAAUGAGUAUUUAUUCAUUAACUUUAAUAAUUUGUAACUAAGUAAAAGUUAAUAAUACCUGCUUUUUAAUGUCAAGAGUUCUUAAAAAAUUCAAUAUAAUGUCAAAAUUAAAGGCAUAAAAUUGUCUGGCCGAAAAAUUGAAGCGAACCAUUAAACUUACUUUUUUGUGCUCUUUUCAAAUAUGCAAACAGAUUUUCAAAAUUUGAAUAUACAGGGUGUUGUUUUAAGGUCACAAUUACUUUAUAAUUUUUUGUUAAUCCGGACCUGGAUUUUUCUUAUGUUUAGUAUGUCGGUCGUUUGGGUUUUGAAUGAGACAUAUGUGCACCAAAUAUCAAAAAAAUAUACAGGGUGGUUCUAAAGUUAUGGCUUAGGAAAGAAAUGGACAAAAUCGAUAAAACACCCUAUAACUCGGUUAUAAAAGUCGACAGGGCAAAAAAUGUAGUAUAUCUAGAACCGGCUCGGUGACCUCUAUUCACCGUUAAAGUAUUUCCGUUUCCCAAUGAAACACCCUAAAUGAUUUUAACCACGGACGUACCUUUUUUCUGUCACUUUCAACUUAAUGCGUUAGAAAGAAAUCGACAAACUGUGACGCACUGAAAGGUGCCUCUGAGAAAGAGUAUAGGUAUGCAUUUUUAAAACAUCUCGAAUAAAUUUAUCUUUAACUAGUAUAGUAAUCUAGGAUGUCCAGAACGUAGUAGGUACAUAUUUCCAUCAAUAAGUAUUUUAUUCAAAAUAAGGUACUUAUACUCCCUUCUUCUUUUUUUGUAGACAAGACUUCUUUUUGUCCUCCCUGUGUCAGGUCAUGUUUCUACCGCGUAUGUCAUUAUUGGUGUGAUGACUAUGACUGGUUUGUAAAUUCUGCCUUUCAUUUCUUUCCCUAUACAGUAAAACCUCGAUAUAACGGACUAAUUGGGGGAACGGGGUGUCCGUUAAAGCCGAAAGUCCGUUAUAUAAAAAUAGGUUUAAAAUAAAUAAAAAAACUUGAUUUUGAAAAUGUGCAAAACACAAACAAAAUUCUAUUUAAUUGUCUUCGGACAUUCGUCGUGAAGUGACGUUUGAUAUCGACGCGCUUGCUUUCGGUAAUCCAGAUUCAAAGCAGGCCUGCUUUGAAAAACGAAUCAAGCUUUGUUUGCAUUUUUGAAGUUUCCUUAUUUUUUUAUAAUUAACUCUCUAAAAUUACGAAAUUGCGUACAAUACAGUGAACUUGAACUUAUACAGUAUAAUACAGAACUUCGUUAUCUGACGAAUAAUCAAAUGUUAUUAGAUCGUAAAGAUGCGAUCUUACCUCUGAAAACUUCAUUUUUGGCAAUGUUGUUUUGUCUUCUUUGCUAUCUUCACAAUUACCCUCAUUUUUUAGGUUCAUAACUUCAUCUGCUAUUUCACUUUCAGUCAUGAUAUUAUACCCAGGGUCAACUUCAGCUUCUUCUAUCCAUUGUAAAACAUCUUUCUCAGCUACCUACUUCUUCUCCGGCAUAAUUAUGUAUUGUCCUACAGAAAUCAGGAAUUUCCAACCCUUCUAAACCUAUGUUUGCAUCAUGGCCAUCAAACAUAUUUUUCUUUUGCAAGGUACGCUGACCUCUUGUAUCUUCUGCAUUAUCUUCAUCAUGCAAUACAACCAUUAUUUCAUCUAAAAACUUUCUGCGAGAUAUUCGUUUGGUUUCCAAAAUUGUUCCCUGAUCCAUUGGUUGAAUAAGCGAUGUUGUAUUUUUUGGCAAAAACAUACAAUUUGAGUUUGUAGGUAGGUGUCGCGUUUGGGGUCCACACGGACCCCGUUGGUAUCCAAUGUAUCUUGGUAUGUGACAAGUUAAGCAUGUACAAUAUUAAUAGGACGUUUUUAAUUUUUUUUACUUUUGACAAUAUUUUUUGUCCGUUAUAUCCGAAGUCCGUUAAAUAGAGGUCCGUUAAAUAGAGGUCCGUUAUAUCGAGGUUUUACUGUAUUUUUAUUUCUUUAAAUUGUUUCAUUCAGGUAAUCUCCGGCUUUGUUUGCUCUAUUGACUUGAUCUUCCACUUCUGUUUCGAGCUUUUCGUAGCUGGGCAGUCUGAUGCCUAGAUAUUUAAUGCCUAGUUACUUUUCAAAUAGUUGUGAUGUAUGUUUGCACAUUAUCCGUGAUCGGUCUAGAUAUCCAUCACCUAGGCCAUCUAGGUAAGAUAACUAGGGCCCAGUAUUUUGUGUUUUCAAAGGAUUUUUAAAUUUUGGGUUCUCAGCAAACUUCUACUAUUCCUUAUUAAAUAAACAGUCAGAUCAGAGACUUACAAAUAUGUACGUUUAGUUAUUAUAACGUUUUGACAAAUUCAAGGACGAUGAAAAUAAACAGUAGACUCCAAAGCACGCCAAAAAAAUGCAUAGUUAACCCGCAUUACAGAAUAGUGUUUAGUUCAGUCCUGAGAGUAAAUUUUUAAUUUUGAGAGUUAAUUUUUAAUUUUCUUGUAAAACGCUGGAUUUGGUGUUAGAGACUUAGAUUGAAUUAAGACUAAGGAAAUUUAGAACCUAAAAACACUAAACAAUUUUAAUAUUUUUCUGAAUAAAAUACCUAUAUUGAUUUUAUAAGGUAGGUACAUAUUAGCUUUGUGACGAUAAUAUUUCUGUAGGUAUUUACCAUAACAAAUUUUGUACGAGACUUUAAAAGCAAUGUACAAAACUCUCAGAUGGACUUUUUUUUAUAAAAUCGUUAUUUAAAAAUUAA